UUUCAAAAUAAAAUCGUAAUAUGUUACAGAUCCUCUUACAGAAAUGUAUCACCCAUUUCAUCUGCACGGUUAUAGUUUCUGUGUGAUGUAUGCUGAUCAAUUUGUCAAUGCCCGCAACAAGGAUGAUAUAACAGAUGAAGAUGUAUUCAAAGAAAUAAAUGCUCACGUAAAUCGUUUGAAAAGUGGUUAUUAUCAAAAUUGCGCUCCUAAAGAUACCGUAAUCGUACCAAAUACUGGUUUUGUUAUUAUACGCUUUAAAGCAAAUAACCCAGGUUGGUGGUUCUUUCAUUGUCAUUUUAUAUGGCACACUGUAGCUGGAAUGAACGUUGUCUUCCAUGUUGGUACAAACCGUGAUCUCCCAAACGUACCAUCAGAUUUUCCACAAUGCUACAAUUGGACACCACCAGUAAAUGAUUAUUAUGAUAAUAAUAAUAAUUAUUAUUAUUAUGGUAAAUAGAAAGUUUAUUUAUUAUAAAAAAUAAUAUUUCAAUUAUAAUCUUCAAAUAAAAUUAUUCAAUACUGUUUAAAAAAUGUAUCAUACUAAUUGUGAAAUAAAUACAACAUAAAUAAAUAUAUAAUUAAAAA